ACCUUGACGCCUCAACUUGAAGACAAGGAUACAAGUAGCCUGAAGGAUCACGAAUUGGCACAGUUGGAUACCGUGGCUACGCUACUGAGAUCGGAUUUUUUAUUGAGAAUCAGAUACAUUUUAAAUGAGAUGCAUCCACCACCUGUUGGAGUAACGUGUGCCUUAGAGAUACUCAUCCGUCUUGCGAGACAUUCGCACAUUACGGCAUUGAAUAUCUCGUCCACGCCAUAUUUGUUAGACACCAUUGUCCAGAAUUUUAUACCACUGUCUAUAGACCAAUUAGCGAUGCAGGACACGAUAAAGAACGUUUACGGGAUUCCCGUAGUUAAGGCGAUUAAGUUGUGUCGUGUUCUCGUCACGUAUGGCAAGAAGCCCGUCGCGCAGAAAUUGGAUAACUUCAAAAUUAUUCAAGCCAUCCUAACGUACAUUAGCAGUGAAACGAGGAACAAUGACAUAAGUCUCAGCAUCGAGAGCCUGCGGCUCUGGCGAAUAUUGUUGCAUUACGAAAUAGGAUUGGACAGUGUCGCAGGCGCCCAGUUAACUCUCAUAUCGCAAUUGCAGCUGUUAUUAAGUAAUCAUGAUAUUCAAAAUACAUCCGAGUUGGCGUGCGAGCACGCCGCGGCCUUAAUUGCUGUGGCGAGUCACGAGAAAACAUUAAAACCGAACAUCUCUACGUUGCUGGCGAAGUGGAGUACACAGUUGUCGUCGGUAUCUAAUGUAACGUGGGGUGUUAUGAAAUUAAUCGCAAAGAGUUUAUCCGCCGUUGACGAGAUUUCCGCAUUCAAAACAACGUGGCUAUCCAAUCAGCACGUUUUCUCAAAUCUUCGUUCCAGUUCAAAUUUAUUGAGCGACUGUAACACGACUACGGAUCGGGAACCAUCUUGCCUUCCAAAUUUGAAUGUUCUCACAGAGAACGGAGAGUUGCAGCCGAUCGUGUCGGUGCAUUCAUGCAUACCAUUCUUGGCGACGAUACUGAAUACGUUUCACAGUAGCUCACGCGUAGCAGAAAUUCGUGCAAUACUCGAACACCCGUCUUUCCGCAAAUACAUACGAGAGCUGGAAACGACCGAGUGGAGUUUGGAAAGAUCGUGGUACAGCAGAACGGAGUUCUAUCUUUUGACAGCGGUAGUAAAAUCAGCAUCCCUCCUCGGGGACACAAUCAAUAAUCAGACAGCGCAAAUUGUGUGGAGGAUCACCAUCAAGCUCAUCUCGUCAUUGCCCGCGGAUGCCACGGAUCACGUGAGGAAGCUCCUUCAAAUCGCGUUAUCGAACGAAAAAGUGAAUUUGGAAAUGAUCACUAACGAACUGGCCAAAUUAGAUCUGGCGUCCACGGUAGACCAGGUCAAGAUAGGCUCGCAUUCCGACGCGGCGUCGCUGUACGAGAGAUACGUCACGCCGAAUGGCGAUUGGAAUCAAGCGGCGAUGCCGAAGGACUGGCUGUUCUUGCCGCUGGUUCACAUGUACACAAAGUGCAAAAACGAUAUCAAAUUGCAGUCGGAGGAUAAGGACAGCGUCCUGACGGUGCUGAGCCUGACGUUGGUCCUGCCCGAUCUCAUGGAGAAGCUGUCGCCCACAUUGAGAUUCAGCAGACUGAUACUGGUGUACCUCUGCGACACCAUCUACCUGGACCGCGAUGUGUCCACGCUGCUGCUGAACGUUUUGUCGAAUCUGUUGAGGAGGUACCACACGCGAUUGAACUUCCAGACAGAGCUGCCGGGGCUGAGCUCCUUCACCGAUCUGUUCAUCGCGCUGUGCGAGCACUUCUGCUCGACCUCGUACGGCGACGACGGUUACGCCAUGACGUUGCUGGUGGCGGCGGCGCAACGGCACGAUCCGCACUAUCGAAAACUGCUGUGGUCGGAACACGCGGCCGCGCUGCGAUACCUGAAACUACCGCCGGAGAAGUUGGUGUUGCCGCUGAAGGAGUAUCUCUAUCCGGAGGAGGACGACACGUCGCUCAUAGAGAGCUACAUGACGGCGCUCGUUCGCGGAGUGGUCAGGGAGACGUGGUGCCCGGUUCCCUUUACGAUCGCCUUGCACCACUCGGCAAUGUAUCUGAAGCGCUCGAACAGGCUGGCGGUGCGAAUGCGUGCGCAAGUGGAGAAGUUGCGGAACAGAGAUAUCGCCGAUGCAUUGUUGCACUACGUACCACCGCAAUUAUGAUUGUAAGAUGAGAACAGAAAAGACGCGACGUGUGAUUUUGCAUUGUAUGUAAAUUGUAUAUAUUUCUUCUUAGAUUUCAUACCAGAGUGAUUGUUAAUUAUACAUUUAUAGGAGUAAGAAGUUGCAAAAAAAUUCCGUGCAUUGCGAUCUCUAAAAUUUGAUUCACUGUCCAUUCUUUUUCGUCAUCCACAUUAGGACGAGCAAGACUGAUUGCAGUGACAGUACAACGAACACACAGUGUGAAUAUUUAAAUACAUGCACGUGCCUCGAUUACGCCCACACGAUUGGUGCGACUUCGAGAAUGAAUGUUUAAUCCACGUUUGCAUAUGAGUCAUAUGACAUAUAUGACACCUUCUAAUAAAGUAUAAACAUAUAAUCGAGAA